GUUAGCUAUUUAAGCGCCAUAUUUCCCUAAAUCCGCCCAUUCAUUGGAGUGUUUGGUGUAAAGUAGGCUUACCUCGUGCUACGCCAUGAUUAAAUGUUAAACUAAAUAUCGUCAAUAUCGAAAAAAUCGGCAGUUUCACCUUCCACUUCACCAUCUUUCCUAAUGACCGAAGGCUUUGUCGUCGAAACGGGAACCGUUCGCACUUCUUUUCUACAUUUUGUCCUAACUAUUUCAAAAUCUGCUUGGCCAUUUCUUUUUAGUCUUCGUGGGCCGGGAAAUUGUUUGAUAUGUGGAAUUUUUUAGAACAUUACGAGGCUCGUAUACUUUUAAUUCCUAGAUACAACUUUUCUGA